CUAUAUAGUAUAAAGUGAGUUUAACUUACCUCAAUAAUGGUUGGAAAAUGUAUUUAAAUUUCUACCAUUGCAAUAAAGGAUAUAGACACGUUGCAAAAUUAUGUAUAAAAUAGUGGACAUCUGAUAAAGUUUACCUUACGUGAUCAGAAAAAGUUUUCCCAUUAUGAACAUCCUCUGAAGAAAACCUGUUACAGUGACCUUCUCAACCCCUUGACCUUUAAAUGCUAGUUCUUACCUUGACCUCUAGCUCAUACCUCUGUGAUAUUUGACCUUGAUAAAUUGCCAUUGAGAUUGAGCCUUUGAAUGUAAAAUCUGACAUUGACCUUUAACUAGGCUUCUCAAUUAACCAUUAAGCUUUGAAUGUUAAAUGUGCUUCCUGGCUAUAACCUCUAAUCAUAUGUGACCUUGACGCAUAAAUGAAUGUGACCUAUAAUGAGCCAAUCCCAUGACCUCAGUCCGGUAACGUCUGACAGUGAGUACAGGAGGGGGAUAGAGAAGAAAGCUCGUAACAGGAUGGUUGCCGAGGGUUACAAGUACCAGGUGCUCUCUUCUAAUGGGGAUGAAGGGGUUGUGGAUCCUAUAGGGGAUGAGCAGAACCGUGUAGAAAAGAGGCGAUGGCAGAAGGCAAAGGGGAUUUUUGUGUUUGCAGCCAUUGCCAUCACGUGUCUUGUGGUGGUCAUACUCUUCCAGCACUUCAGCGGCAAAUGUGACCAGACAGACAGUCCAUGUACAAGCACAGAGUGUGUGCAAGGUGCUGCAUACAUCCUCAAUAAGAUGGACACAAGCAUAGACCCCUGUACAGAUUUCUACACCUUCUCGUGCGGUAACUGGCUGAAGACCACGCCCUUUCCUCCCUCCAAGAACAAGUAUGGUGCCUUCGGGAUGAUUGAUGAUGAGAUCAAGCAGAUUAUGAAAGAGAUACUAGCUGAAGGAAAUGAAGGCCAGUCAUCCAGCGCCAUACAGAAAGCCUUCCAGUACCAUAGUCUGUGUAUGGAUGAAGCAACUAUAGAGAAACAAGGAACCACACCCGCACUCCAGCUUAUAAAGGAUCUGGGCAGCUGGACUCUCACCUCAGACCCCGCCUCUGGUGUGUUUGACGUGGCCACCUGGAAUAUUCAGGACGCGCUACUCCUGUCACACAGACGUGGCUUCUCUCCCCUGUUCUCAAUGUCUGUCAGCACAGAUGAAUACAACAACUCGCAGUACAAGAUCAAGUUUGAUCAGAGUGGGUUGACACUGGGAGAUCGCCGUGAAUACUUUAGUAACCACUCAAACUAUGCGGAUCUGAAGGCUGCCUUCAUACAGUUUGGUGUGGAUGUUGUCACUCUGCUUGGUGGGGAAACAGAUGGACUGAAGGAGAGUAUCGGAGAUAUAUAUGACUUUGAACAAAGAUUGGCUCAGAUCCAGAUGUCGAAAGAAUCAUUGCUGGACCCGGUGAAGAACUACCACAACAUGACUCUACAGACUUUCCAGAGCUCGCUCAUGGGAGAAUGGCUGAGCCUGGAUUCAUACAUGCGAGGCAUAUUUGACGGCCUGGAUUCCGAUGUUACCAUGGAGACAGUGGUGAUUGUCUACACUCCGGAUUACUUUCUCAAACUGCAAGAUGUCAUAAAGAAAACUAGCGAAGAGGUCUUGGCCAACUACUUGGUUUGGCAUGCUGUAGAAUCGCUGAUGGGAUAUUUGCCCAAGCCGUUCCAGGACGCCUCUUUGAAACUGGAAAAGGUUGAGAAUGGGGUUAAAGAGUUACCCCCCCGCUGGAAGCGCUGUCUAACCAAGGUGACCUCUGCCCUCGGAUUUGCAACUGGUGCCCUCUAUGUGCAGAAACACUUCAAGAGCAGCAGCAAACAAGAUGUUCAGGAAUUAUUUGAUGAGGUGCGGUCCGCCUUCCUUAGUAACCUAGACGACUUGGCGUGGAUGGAUGACACAACUCGAGAUUAUGCACGGGAGAAAGCACGCGCCAGUGGGAGCAUGCUGGGAUACCCUGAAUACAUCACAGACACCAAGCUGCUUGAUGAACACUAUGAAAAUCUUACCUUAGUAGAAGGGAAGUUCUUCGAGAGCAGGAUUGCAAUAGGCAUCCAUGGGAGACAGAAAAAUCUGCAGCAUUACGGCACAGUUCCAGAUAAGACAGAGUGGGAGAUGUACCCGACAGAAGUGAAUGGGUACUACAGCCCUGACUUUAACCACAUAGCGUUCCCUGCUGGCAUACUGAGGCCCCCACUGUAUAACCCCACAUCACCAAAGUCUUUUAACUUUGGAUCAUUUGGAAUGAUUUGUGGCCAUGAAUUGACCCAUGGCUUUGAUAAUAAAGGUCGUUUCUUUGACAAGGAUGGCAACAUGCGAACAUGGUGGACGGACAAGUCGUCCCAGAAGUUUAAGGAUUUCUCCCAGUGCUACGUAGACUUCUACUCCAAUUUUACUGUAGAAGGAACACAUUUGAAUGGAGAGACAACCCUGAGUGAGAAUAUAGCCGACAAUGGCGGUAUGAAGAUGGCAUACCUGGCCUGGAGGGCGUGGAAGGACAAGCACGGGGGAGGGGACUCCCUCGACCUCCCUGGGGUUACCUACACCCCUGACCAGAUGUUCUUUAUAGGCAUGGCUCAGUUAUGGUGCACUCACUACACUCCGGAGUACAUGCAACAGGCCAUACUGACCGAUGUCCACUCUAUAGCCAAAUUCAGGGUUGUAGGAACAAUGCCGAAUUCCAAAUAUUUUGCUGAAGCCUUCCAGUGUCCAAGUGGAUCAAGCAUGAACCCUGAACACAAGUGUAAAGUGUGGUGAUGCUUACCACACGAUUCUGGGAAUAAAAAUGACCUAGGGGACAGAUCAGCCAUUUUAUCAAUGAUCGCAAGAUGUUAUGAAAAAUAUGUUUAAACUUAGUUUGGCUGGAACUAUUUUUGAACAUUUAUUUAGAUAUACAAAUUGAAUUUUGUAUUCAAUUUCUAACACUCUGACACUAACUAUUCAACAAAUAUAAUCUUGCGAAAUUUGGUUUUUCACCUGUGCAUAAGAUGGCCUAAUUUAGAAUUUGUCAUUUAGUGGGCUGAUUGCUCAGAACCAACACUUUGACACUAACUAUUCAACAAAUAUAAUCUUGCGAAAUUUGGUUUUUUACCUGUGCAUAAGAUGGCCUAAUUUAGAAUUUGUCAUUUAUUGGGCUGAUUGCUCAGAACCUCGUUAAAGUUCACAAUGUCAUGAACGUCAUUGUUGUAAAGCUUUACUGCUCUGGGAAAUCCAUAGAUCCACUUCUGAUCUGCAUUAUCUCUAACAAGAUUCGAGACAACUGUUUCAGCUGUGCUUGAUUUAUUUAAAUAUAUGAGUACAUGAACAAAUAUUUCACCUUUAAAAGAUACCAACGAUGUUAACUUGAACAAAGUUCGGCCCAUUGUGUAUAUACCUCUCAGGCCCAUUUAGUUUUUUUUUGCGGUUAUCCCUUCAAAGGCUUUUGUGGCAUUUUGACACACUUUAUUUGCCAUUUAUUUUCAUUUCGUUUUUGAUAAAAAGUGUUGUAAAUUAUCAUAUUCAUAUUGGAUACAUAACUUGCUUUAUUUAGCAUUCCCUGAUAGUCUUAUAAAGUGAUGUGGGGGGGGGUCUUUUAUUUUUAUUGUCUUAAAAUACAUUAACCAGAAGCCAGGAGAAACCAAUGUGGUUGUGACUUGUGACAGAAAAAGUAUUGUAAUUUAUCAUAUUCAUAGUGGAUACAUAACUUGAUUUACUUAGCAUUCCCUGAUAGUCUUAUAAAGUGAUGUGGGGGGGGGUCUUUUAUUUUUAUUGUCUUUAUUUUUAUUGUCUUAAAAUACAUUAACCAGAAGCCAGGAGAAACCAAUGUGGUUGUGACUUGUGACAGAUUAUUUUUUUAAUUGAUUUAUUUUUAUAUUACAUCCAAGUUGUGCAUUCCAUUUUUGUUAUUGCUUGUGUUUUGACCUUUGUUUAGAUGUUUGGUUAUGACAUUGAGAUGUUUGGUUAUGACCUUGAGAUGUUUGGUAACCUAUAUGACCUUGAGAUGUUUGGUUAUCUUGAGAUGUUUGGUUAUGACCUGGAUAUGUUUGGUCAUGACAUUGAGAUGUUUGGUUAUGACCUUGAGAUGUUUGGUUAUGACCUUGAGAUGUUUGGUUAUGACAUUGAGAUGUUUGGUUAUCUUGAGAUGUUUGGUUAUCUUGAGAUGUUUGGUUAUGACCUUGAGAUUUUUUGGUAACCAAUAUGACCUUGAGAUGUUUGGUGGUCAAUUGACACUGAGAUGUUUUGUUGUGACCAUGGUAUGUUUAUGAUUCAAAUGUGGUUGUGACUAGUCAUUUAUUUAUUUCAUUUCUUUUGAUAAUACAUCUAGGUUGUGCAUGCUAUUUUUGUGAUAGUUUUUUCUUUAAUAUUUGAAAUGGCCUUAAUUAGGUGAAAUGUAGCUGAGCAUCAUGGCUUUGUGAGGGGGAGACUGUAAAUUGCAUAUGUUUGGAAUCUCAUAAUGUAAGAAACUAGAAUUGUGUCACAUGUAACCUCGUUUAUGUAUAUAACCUAUGUCUGAUUUCUUUUAUGAUUUUAUAUGUUCAGUUCUUGUUUCUAAGCUGUACUUAAUCAAUACUGUAUAAUUCUCAGACUUAUUUAAUAUCUUCUGCAAUGAAACUCUGUGAUUCUACGUUAUUUUGUUUUUACCUUGUGAUUGUUAUUGUUCAUUGAUUGUUAAUUUGCUCGCAAUUUUCAUAUGCUAGCAGAAUAAAAAUCUGUGCAUGCAAAAAUACACCAGAUCUUAAAUAAUUCCAGAAAAAACAACUUUUAAAGAUGACUCCAUUCUGAAUGUUGUCACCAGCUUUGAGGUUGUAUCUCACUGUACAACAGCUCCAUUUAUUUGUCAAAUCAAUAUGGUCACCAUCAUGUCAUCAUUGAAUGACUGUUUUAGGCAAAUUUUGUAUUAUGCACAGUUUUUGUUUCCGGCUAGUAUAUACAUGUAUAGGUAUACAUGUGCUAUAUGACUUCAAUGUUUCAUUGAUUAAUUUAUGUUUGACUUUAGUGAUGUUACAAUUUAGGUUAGAUCCAUUUGUCAAAUUUAAGUGCCUUUUAUAAGAGAUAUGUGUGAUUUUGUCAGGGAAAUUGAAUUUUGUGGAGGCGGUCUCAUUAUCAAGAUUUAUCCACCCAAAAGGAAUAAAAAUACAACAAAUUACUAUGUAUUUAUAGAUAGGUGUGGUUGACUAGUUUGGAGACAUAAACUCUCAGACAAAAUGAAAACAUUCAUUACAGGGCUGAUUUUCACUGACAACGUCACAUGAUGCAGGGAUUCUUAAGUUGAGCAGUAAUCGUAAACUCAGGAUUGAGACCCUUAAACUUAAGUCUAUUGUACAUUUGUCAGGAUUGUUUUAAUAAAAACAAAAGAAAUUUUUGACUGUUUGUGGCAUUUAAUUCUAUGAAGGCGCCACCCUUCCUUAUAAUUAGUUCCUGUAAAAACUCGUUAAAAUGCCAAAAUUACACAAAUUUUGCAAACAAAUAAGUGAGCUAAGCUUGAUCUUGUUCGAGAAAUUGUGGUCAGGUGUGAAACAAAUUGAACCAAAAUAUGUCUUGAACUUUUGAAUUACUCUGAUAAUCCAUGGUUGUUAUGGCAACAAAAUACUUGUCUUAAAGGGAACACACAUAUAGGUUUUUAAUAUCUUUGAAAUUUAGUUAUUUUACUUAUUUUAUGAAUAAUCACUAAUCAGCAACUGAUUAACUGACGUGAACAAAAGUUUGUUUAUCCAACCUCAUGUAAUUAAAAAUAAAUUAAAUCAAUGUAAUUACAUUUUCAAAAAGUUACUAAUACUUUCGUCAAAAAUGUUUAUUUUCUGUCACAUUUUAAAGAACAUUGGAGCUCUCAUAUGAUACAAUUGUGAUGUUUUAUAGUUGAAAUAUGUACUUUGUUCACGCUGCACACAAUUUGUUUCGAUAUUUGAUCCAUUUGAAACGUAAACCAUCCUUUUAAUGCCACACUCUCACAGAUUGACAGUUUUGACUUUAUUUCUUUAUUUGUCUCAGAAAAAGCUGAUUUUGGUAUCAAUGCCUUCAAUUCAAUCAUAUAAGAUAACUCACAAUAGAACAGAUCUCAAUUCUUUUGGAAACUGCCGAAAAUUUCAUUUUUCUUAAAGCGUAACUAAUGCUUUAGUCAUUAAAUAUCAAUUUCCCAAUGUAAAUAUGAAACAUUGCAAUCUGAUCUUUUGUAAGCAGUCUUGUAUUACUGCUUUCCAGUCAUUUUCGCCAAAAUUUGCUCAUUCCACAACAAAAAAAUAAGAAUUUGUCAAAAUGGUCAAUCUGUGAGAGUGCAGCUUCAAUGGGUGUCUAAUAAAAGUAUUUUUUAUACUAAUAUCAAUACAUUGAACAGACUGAUUUGAUCUAACUGUUUUGAAUUAUUAAUGCCCUUUAAUGUUCAUGUAGAUGUGUUCUGUUUGUGAAUGUACAUGUAGUUCGACUCUUUUUGCCACUUCAAAUGCAUUCGGUGAAUACUGUCAUUUCCCUGUGCACUUCAAAUUGACAUGAAGAAUGAGAAGAUAUGUUAUUUUUACUUUUAGUUGUAGUUUAUUUAUAGAAAAUUUUCUUUUGAUUUGUCAUUGCGUGAAUACAGGAUGCUAUUGUAUAUAAUGCUCAUUCGAUCAUUCAGAAAUGCAAAGAUUAAUAAAAAAAAACAGUUUUAAAUAAUA